UCCGUAGUCUUCGAAGUCGAAGUCGAAGUCGAAGUCGAAUCGAAGUCGAAGUCGAAGUCGAAGUCGAAGUCGAAUCGAGUCGAAGUUCGAUCGAAGUCGAAGUCGAUGAAGUCGAAGUCGAAGUCGAAGUCGAAGUCGAAGUCGAAGUCGAAGUCGAAAGUCGAAGUCGAAGUCGAAAUCGAAGUCGAAGUCGAAUCGGUCGAAGUCGAGUCGAAGUCGAAGUCGAAGUCGAAUGAAAAAAAAAAAAAGGUCGAAGUCGAUCGAGUCGUCGAAGUCGAAGUCGAAGUAUUCGAAGGUCGAGCGAAGUCGAAGCCGAUCGAAGUCAUCGAAUCGAAGUCGAAGUCGAAGUCGAAGUCGAAGUCGAAUAAGGAAGUCGAAGUCGAAGUCGAAGUCGAAGUCGAAGUCGAAGUCGAAGUCGAAGUCGAAGUCGAAGUCGAAGUCGAAGUCGAAGUCGAAGUCGAAGUCGAAGUCGAAUUCGAAUCGAUGAAGUCGAAGUCGAAGUCGAAUGAAGUCGAACGAAUCGAGUCAGUCGAGUCGAAGUCAAUCGAAUCGAAGUCCGAAGUCGAAAGUCGAAGCGAAGUCGAAGUCGAAGUCGUCGAAGUCGAAGUCGAAUCAGUGGAAGUCGAAGUCGAAGUCGAAGUCGAAGUCGAAGUCGAAGUCGAAAAGUCGAACGUCGAAGUCGAAGUCGAAUCGAAGUCGAAGUCGAAGUCGAAAGUCGAAGUCGAAGUCGAAGUCGAAGUCGAGUCGAAGUCGAAAGUCGUCGAAGUCGAAGCGAUCGAGUCGAAGUCGAAUCAUCGAAGAAUCUGUGAAGUCGAAGUCGAAUCGGUCGAAGUCGAAGUCAAGUCGAAGUCGAUAGUCGAAGUCGAAGUCGAAGUCAAUGAAGUCGAAGUCGAAUCGAAGUCGAUCGAAGUCGAUCGAAGUCGAUCGAAGUCGAAUCGACAGUCGAAGGAAGUCGAAGUCGAAUCGAAGUCGAAGUCGAAUGAGUCGAAGUCGAAGUCGAAUCGAGCGAAGUCGAAUCCGAAGUCGAAUGAUCGAAUCGAAGUCGAAUCGAAGUCGAAGUCGAAGUCGAAUCGAGUCGAAUUAUCGAAGUCGAAGGAGUCGAUCAGUCGACGCAAGGUCGAAGUCGAAGUCGAAGUCGAAGUCGAAGUCGAAGUCGAAGUCGAAGUCGAAGUCGAAGUCGAAGUCGAAGUCGAAGUCGAAGUCGAAGUCGAAGUCGAAGUCGAAGUCGAAACGAAGUCGAAGUCGAAGUCGGUCGAAGUCGAAUCCGGUGAGUCGAAUCGACGUCGUAAGUCGAAGUCGAAGUCGAAUCUGAAGUCGAAGUCGAAGUCGAAGUCAAAGUCGAAGUCGAAGUCGAAUCGAGUCGAAGUCGAAGUGAAGUCGAGUCGAAGUCGGAAGUCGAAGUCGAAUCGAAGUCGAAGUCGUAAGUCGAAUGUCGAUAAGUCGAAAGUCGAUAGUCGAAGUCGAAGUAGAAUCGAAGUGAAGUCGAAGUCGAAGUCGAUAUCGAAGUCGAAUCGAAAUCGAGUCGGAAGUCGAAGUCGAAUCGAAGUCGAAGUCGAAGUCGAAGUUCGAAUCGAGUCGAAUGUCGAAGUCGAAGUCGAAGUCGAAGUCUGGAAUGAAGUCGAAGUCGAAGUCGAAGUCGAGUCGAAGUCGAAGUCGAAGUCGAUAGUCGAAGUCGAAGUCGAAGUCGUAAAGUCGAAUCGAAAGUCGAAGUCGAAGUCGAAUCCGAAGUCGAAGUCGAAGUCGAUAUCGAAGUCGAAGUCGAAGUCGAAGUCGACAGUCGAAGUCGUAAUCGAAUCGAAGUCGAUAGUCGAAGUCGAAGUGAAGUCGAAGUCGAAAUCGAAGUCGAAGUCGAAGUCGAAGUCGAAGUCGAAGUCGAAGUCGAAUCGAAGUGAAGUCGAAGUCGAAGUCGAAGGUGAAGUCGAAGUCGAAGUCGAAGUCGAAGUCGAAGUCGAAAGUUCGACUCGACGUCGAAGUCGAAUCGAAGUCGAAGUCGCAGUAGAAGUGAAGUCGAAGUCUGAACUCGCGAAGUCGAAGUCGAAGUCGAAGUCGAAGUCGAAGUCGAAGUCGAAGUCGAAGUCGGAGUCGAAGUCGAAUCGAAGUCGAGUCGAAGUCGAAGUCGAAGUCGAAAGUCGAAUUCUAGUCGAAGUCGAAGUCGAAGUCGAAGUCGAAUUCGGUCGAAGUCGAAGUCGAAGUCGAAUCGGAAGUCGAGUGAGUAGUCGAAGUCGAGUUAAGUCGAAGUCGAAGUUCGAGUCGAAGUCGAAGUCGAAUAUCGAAGUCGAAGUCGUAAGUCGAAGUUCGAAGUCGAAUCGAGUAGUCGAUGAGUCGAUCAGUCGAAGUCGAAGUCGCAAGUCGAAGUCGAAUCGAGUCUCGAAUCGAAGUCAGUCGAAGUCGAAGUCGAAGUCGAAGUCGAAGUCGAAGUCGAAUCGGAAUCGAGUGAAGUCGAAGUCGAGUCGAGUCGAAUCUGAAGUCGAAGUCGAUCGAAGUCGAGUCGAAGUCGAAGUCGAAGUCGAAGUAUCGACGAUGAUCGAAGUCGAAGUCGAAGUCGAAGUCGAAGUCGAUGAGUCGAAUCGAAGUCGAAGUCGAAGUCGAAUCGAAGUCGAUCGAGUCGAAGUCGAAGUCGAAGUGAAGUCGAAGUCAAUCGAAGUCGAAGUCGAAGUCGAAGUCGAAGUCGAAGUCGAAGUCGAAGUCGAAUCGGUAAGUCGAAUCGAAGUCGAAGUCGAAGUCGAAGUCGAAGUCGAAGUGAAGUCGAAGUCGAAGUCGAAGUCGAGUUCGAAGUCGAAUGAAGUCGAAGUCGAAGUCGAAGUCGAAGUCGAAGUCGAAGUCGAAGUCGAAGUCGAAGUCAUAGUCGAAGUCGAAGUCGGAAGUGAAGUCGAAGUCGAAGUCGAAGUCGAAGUCGAAUCGAAGUCCGAAAUCGAGUCGAAGUCGAAGUCGAAGUCGAAGUCGAAGAUCGAAGUCGAAGUCGAAUACGAAGUCGAAUCGAAGUCGAAUCGAGUCGAAGUCGAAGUCGAAGUCGAAGUCGAAGUCGAAGUCGUAAGUCGAAGUCGAGUCGAAGUCGAAGUCGAAGUCGAAGUCGAAGUCGAUUUCGAAGUCGAAGUGCGAAAGUCGAAGUCGAAUCGAAGUCGAAUCCGAGUCGAAGUCGAGUCGAAGUCGAAGUCGAAGUCGAAGUCGAAGUCGAAGUCGAAUCGAAGUCGAAAGUCGAAGUCGAAUCGAAUCGAAGUCGAAGUCGAAGUCGAAGUGAAGUCGAAGUCGAAUCGAAGUGAAGUCGAAGUCGAAGUCGAAGUCGAAGUCGAAGUCGAAGUCGAAGCGAAGUCGAAGUCGAAGUCGAAGUCGAAGUCGAAGUCGAAGUCGAAUCGAAGUCGAGUCGAAGUCGAAGUCGAAGUCGAAGUCGAGUCGAAGUCGAAGUCGAAUCGAAGUCGAAGUCGAAGUCGAAUCGAAGUCGAAGUCGACAUCGAAGUCGAAGUCGAAGUCGAAGUCGAAGUCGAAGUCGAAGUGAAGUCGAAUCGAAGUCGAAAAGUCGAAGUCGAAUCGAGUCGAAUCGAAGUCGAAGUCGCAGUCGAAGUCGAAGUCGAAUCGAAGUCGAAGUCGAAGUCGAAGUCGAAGUCGAAGUCGACGUCGAAAGUCGAAGUCGAAGUCGAAGUCGAAGUUGAAGUCGAAGUCGAAGUCGAAGUCGAAGUCGAAGUCGAAGUCGAGUCGAAGUCGAAGUCGAAGUCGAAUCCCGAAGUCGAAGUCGAAGUCGAAGUCGAAGUCGAAUCGAAGUCGAAUGAAGUCGAAUCGAAGUCGAAGUCGAAGUCGAAUCGAAGUCGAAUCGAAGUCGAGUCGAAGUCGAAGUUCGAAGUCGAAGUCGAAGUCGAAGUCGAAGUCGAAGUCGAAGUCGAAGUCGAAGUGAACGUCGAAGUUCCCCGAAAAAAAUCGAAGUCGAAGUCGAAGUCGAAGUCGAAGUCGAAGUCGAAGUCGAAGUCGAAGUCGAAGUCGAAGUCGAAGUCGAAGUCGAAUGAAGUCGAAGUCGAAGUCGAAUCGAAUUCGACGUCAAGGUCGAAGUCGAAUCAAGUCGAAGUCGAUAAGUCGAAGUCGAAGUCGAAGUCGAAGUCGAAGUCGAAGUCGAAGGUCGAAGUCGAAGUCGAAGUCGAAGUCGAAUCGAAGUCGAAUGAAGUCGAAGUCGAAGUCGAAGUCGAAGUGAAUCGAAUCGAAUCGAAGCGAAUCGAAGUCCGAGUGAAGUCGAAGUCGAAUCGAAAUCGGAAGUCGAAGUUCGAAUCGAAGUCGAAGUCGAAGUCGAAUCGAAGGGUCGAAGUCGAAGUCGAAGUCGAAGUCGAAGUCGAAGUGAAGUCGAAGUCGAAUCGAAGUCGAAGUCGAAGUCGAAGUCGAAGUCGAAGUCGAAGUCGAGUCGAGUCGAAGUCGAAUCGAAUCGAAGUCGUAAGUCGAAGUCGAAUCGUAGUCGAAGUCGUUCGUAUCGUAGUCGUAGUAGUCGUAGUCGUAGUAGUCGUAGUAGUAGUAGUAGUCGUAGUCGUCGUAGUAGUCGUAGUCGUCGUAGUCGUAGUAGUAGUAGUCGUAGUCGUAGUAGUAGUAGUCGUAGUCGUCGUAGUCGUCGUAGUCGUCGUAGUAGUCGUAGUAGUCGUAGUCGUAGUAGUCGUCGUAGUCGUAGUAGUCGUCGUAGUCGUAGUCGUAGUAGUAGUCGUAGUCGUAGUAGUCGUAGUAGUCGUAGUAGUAGUAGUAGUCGUAGUAGUAGUAGUAGUAGUAGUAGUAGUAGUAGUAGUAGUAGUAGUAGUAGUAGUA